AUGUAUUCCCUUAAUUAUUCUCAUAAACGAAGUCCUCAAGAUCUCCACUAUCGUCUUCAAGAUCCGUCAUUCAUGGCAACGAAAGGGAAUCCAGGAGACAAUAGAACACGAAGAUCCUUUUCAAUAUUCAUAGUCGUGGGUCUCUGUUGCUUCUUCUAUCUACUUGGAGCAUGGCAAAAGAGCGGAUUUGGUAAAGGAGACAGCAUAGCACAAGAAGUAACAAAAACAGCAGAUUGCAGUGUUCUUUCAAAUCUAAACAUUGAAACACACCAUGGAGAUGGAAUCAAAAACCUCCAUGAUCUACAACAAACCAAGGUUUUCCAACCAUGUGCUGAUCGAUUCAUUGACUACACACCCUGCCAUGAUCAAAUGCGAGCCAUGACUUUCCCUAGAGACUUCAUGAACUACAGGGAAAGACAUUGUCCUCCUGAAAAUGAGAAGCUUCAUUGUCUGAUUCCAGCUCCUAAAGGGUAUGUGACUCCAUUCCCAUGGCCUAAAAGCAGGGAUUUUGUCCCUUUUGCUAAUGCACCUUACAAGAGCUUGACAGUUGAAAAGGCGAUUCAGAAUUGGAUUCAAUAUGAAGGUGAUGUGUUUAGAUUCCCAGGUGGAGGGACUCAGUUUCCUCAUGGAGCAGAUGCUUAUAUUGAUCAAUUGGCAUCUGUGAUUCCAAUUGGAAAUGGAAUGGUUAGAACUGCAUUGGACACUGGUUGUGGUGUUGCAAGUUGGGGUGCAUACUUAUUCAAAAGAAAUGUUAUAGCCAUGUCUUUUGCUCCAAGAGAUUCACAUGAAGCACAAGUCCAAUUUGCCCUUGAAAGAGGUGUCCCUGCAAUUAUUGGUGUUCUUGGAACUAUAAAACUUCCAUACCCUUCAAGGUCUUUUGACAUGGCUCAUUGUUCUAGGUGCUUGAUUCCAUGGGGUGGAAAUGAUGGGAAGUACAUGAUGGAAGUUGACCGGGUAUUGAGACCGGGUGGGUAUUGGGUUCUUUCUGGGCCUCCGAUUAAUUGGAAAGUUAAUUUCAAGUCAUGGCAAAGACCAAAAGAAGAAUUGGAAAAGGAACAAAGGAAUAUUGAGGAAAUGGCUAAACUUCUUUGUUGGGAGAAGAAAUAUGAGAAAGGUGAAACUGCAAUUUGGAGGAAAAGAGUCAAUCAAGGAUAUUGUCAAGAACGAGACUCUCGUGUUACUCUGUGUCAAUCCACAAAUCCCGAUGAUGUUUGGUACAAGGAAAUGGAAGCUUGUGUGACUCCUUAUGUGGAAACAAACAACACAGAUGAAGUUUCUGGCGGCGAAUUGAAACCAUUUCCAGAACGACUUAAUGACAUCCCUCCAAGAAUCAGUAGUGGCUCCAUUGAUGGAGUCUCCAUUGAGUCAUUCCAAGAAGACAAGAAAUUGUGGCAAAAACAUCUUAAUGCUUACAAGAGAGUGAAUAAGAUUAUUGACUCGGGGCGAUAUCGUAAUAUCAUGGAUAUGAAUGCUGGGUUUGGAAGCUUUGCAGCUGCUCUUGAGUCUCCAAAGUCUUGGGUGAUGAAUGUGAUGCCGACUGUUGCUAAAAGGGAUACUCUUGGUGUGGUUUUUGAACGUGGAUUGAUUGGAAUCUAUCAUGACUGGUGUGAAGCCUUCUCAACAUACCCAAGAACAUACGACCUUAUCCAUGCAAAUGGUCUAUUCACAUUGUACAAAGACAAGUGUAGUUAUGAGGACAUUCUUUUGGAAAUGGAUAGAAUUUUAAGGCCAGAAGGAACUGUUAUAAUACGUGACAAUGAAAGAGAAGUGAUGAAGGUGAAAAGAAUUGUUUCUGGAAUGAGGUGGGAUACAAAAAUGGUGGAUCAUGAAGAUGGACCUCUUGUCCCUGAAAAGAUAUUGUUUGUAGUCAAACAAUAUUGGGUUGCUGGUCAAAAUUUGACUUCUUGGAGAUGAUGAAAGAUUGAUUAAGUUGGCUUGUUUUGAUCUUUGAUUAGAUGUAACAAGAUGUUGAAUUUUAGUUUGAGAUUUAGAGGUGAGCUUAGUGUAAAAUUAAGAGUGGCCUUGUGUAUUUUAAUUUUAAUUUUUUUUUUUUUUUUUUUUUUG